AAUGCAAAUUUAGAAUAAGAUAUGGCCAAAACUUUUGAUUGUGAAACAUCAGCCUCUGCAAACUUGGAGACCAAAAGAAAAUAUUGAAGCUGGAGGAUCUCUCAAGAGCAUCAAUUCCAACGCCAUCCCAUUGCUUCCCUCUUCUCCUGCCACUCUAAUUUGUAGCUCCAUUCUCCUCCUCGCUGCGACACGCACUGAUUUCAACUAUUUCGCCGUCAGCUUCUCUCACGAGGCCUUCCAUUUCCUCCUCGACCACCGUAGAAGAGAGGAGCGCGAUGAAGAUACUGUGCGACGUGUGCUGCAAGGAGGAGGCCUCGGCCUUCUGCUGCGCCGACGAGACCGCCCUCUGCGAAGCCUGCGACCUGCGUGUGCACCCGGCGAACAAGCUGGCCGGUGAGCACCGCCGCCUCUCGCUCUCCGCCCCCUCCGCCGAGUCCCACCCGGUCUGCGAUAUCUGCCAGGAGAAUCGAGGGUUCUUGUUCUGUCAAGAGGACCGGGCGAUUCUUUGCAGGGAUUGCGAUGUUUCUGUUCACAGCGCUAAUCAUCUCACCAUGAAGCACAACAGGUUCAUCCUCACCGGCGUCCGGCUCUCCGCCGCUCCCGUCUCCUCCUCUCCCUCCCCUGUUCCGGAGGCUACGGCGGCUAAAGCUGCGACCAAAACCAUCAUGACCAUGAACAAUCAAACAACGGCAUUGGUUGCAGAUGUUUCCUCCCCCAUGACUUUCACCAGCAGCAGCACGACGACGGUCACCAGCAACAUCUCGGAGUACCUCAUCAAGAUGUGCCCGGGCUGGCGCGUCGACGACCUGCUGGUCGACGACGAAGGUUUCUCCUAGCUCUGUCGCCAUGCAACUGCCUUUUGCCACCUGGUCUCCAAGCAGUUCCGCGUCAAUCCACCACAAAAAUUGCAUCUUUUUCGCUCGAAGAAGAUAAAAAAUCGGAUUUUUAUGGCGCAGGCGGACGAGCUGCUGCGAUUCGUAGAGACGGAUCUGGACAGCGGCCGCCCGGGAACAGUGUCGGAGAAGUAUCCUAUCUGGGCGCGCCACGCGCCGUAGUUCACUCCCGGCGGCGCCGGCUACCGUGCAUCGAACGCUGGCAAGGAGGUGUCUCUUAUCGCCCAUGAAGGGGUGUAAGCAGGGCGAGAGCUGUGGAGCGAAGACGCAUUCACGGUGCCGCAGGUUUCCCCUGCUUCGACUCUCAGCAAGAGGCCAAGGCACGCCCGUUGGUAUCACUAACUUGUUAGUUCUUCCUUUUCCUUUCCUCUCUAUUUGAGAGCUCGCUCAAACUCUAUACUCUUCACAGACUUUGUCGCCUUUAAUAUUUGGAUUUAGGAUUCUUCGAUGAUUGAAUUAUGUAGUGUGCCUGUUUGUUGUC